AUGAAGGAACAAGAGAAAAAGUUGAAAGAAAAAUUUUAUAGCAGUCCGUUUGAAAAAAGAGCCCAAAUAAAAAGAGAAUUAAAAACGCUCCAAGAUGCUAUUUUUAAAAAGAAAGAUUGUGGAACUAGUGUCAAAAUUGAAAUUGAACGAGAGGAAUCAUUACAAAAUCGGGCUAAUCCAGUUGCCGAUGAAGAGAAGAAGGUUAUAAUUUUGACUAUAUGGAAGUUGCCAAAGGAAGAUUAUAAUGAAAUAUUAAGUUUAGUUCGCCAAAUAAGAGAGUUAGGAGAGGUUAAAAGAAAGCAAUACCAACAAAAUACUGAAAAUAUAAAACUCAAUAAUCCUAGUUUAUUUACCCAAUCAAGAAGUGAAAUUAUUUCCGAAGCCGAAGCCCAACGUUUAAUAAAACAAGAUAAAGAUAAUGAUCAUUAUUAUAUUAAUUAUGACACUUAUAUUGAUUUAAAUGAUAAAAUAUGGAUCGAUCAUUAUCAAGGAGAUAUUAAACAAGAAUUAGCAAAACCAGUUAGCGGUGCCAAUAAACUAGUAAGAAGCAACGACCAUAAAAAUAUGAGUGGCGGAGUUAUCACUAAACAAGUAGAUAAAAACCAGCAAUUAGACAAUGAAUUUUUGUUGAAAUACUUCCAAGAACACGAUAUUAAAGAAAUUUCCUUAACUCCUGAAGGUAAUUUAUUAAUUGAACACAAUAGCGGUGAAACAAAAACUAUAACUAACGACCAGGCCAAUCGCCAAGGACUACAAAAAGUUAUUAGUUAUUACCAAAAAAAUAAUCAAACUAAUUUAAGCCAGCAAGAUUUAAUUAAUAUGUCUGAUACUAACUCGCCAACUACAAAUCCGAAAAAUAACCAUGCUUUAUUAAUAAGUUUUGGCAUUAUUGGAGCCUUAAUAAUUGGAAUAGUUGUUGGAUUAUGA